AUGAAGUUUUAUGGCAUCCCAGACAAACUAGUCAGAACAGUGAAACUGCUAUACGAUUCAUUCCAAUGCGCAGUCCUAGAAGAUGGAGAAGAAUCUCACUGGUUCCGGGUAACAACAGAAGUGAAGCAGGGUUGCACAAUGUCUGGAUUCCUGUUUUUGUUGGUUAUAGAUUUUGUAAUGAGAAGAACCACAGAAACGGAACCAACAGGAAUAAGGUGGAAUUUCACAACAAAACUUGAAGAUCUAGACUUCGCAGAUGAUCUUGCUCUACUAUCCUCAAAAUUUCGGGACAUCCAACAAAAGACACAAAAACUCAAUGAAACUGCUAGUCAAGCUGGACUCAGAAUAAACAUUGAGAAAACCAAAGUGAUGAGACUCAACUCUGACAUAAUAGAGCCAGUCAAGAUUGAUGGACAAGACCUGGAGGAUGUAGAAACAUUUACUUAUCUUGGAGGUGUGAUAACAACAAAGGGAGGAUCUGAUGAGGACAUUAACAACAGACUGGGAAAAGCUAAGUCUCAAUUUGGAGGCUCAAAAAAAUCUGGAGCUCAUCAAAAUUUUCCAUCCAAACAAAAGUUAAGUUAUUCAACAGCUUGGUCCUGUCAGUUCUAA